AUGCAUGGCAAUUUUAGUUUAAUCAUUUCUGCUCCACACGGAGGAAGUAUUUUGCCGUCGGACAUUCCGAAUCGUGCUGAUGGCUGUUUUGAUUCGAUUCUUAAUUCAUGUAUCUGGACGCACACAUGCAAACCAAAGAGUUCGAAAUGCUCGGUGACCACCGUUGAAGAUUACCUGAGCAAUGAAUUUGCGCAAAAUGUGGCUAAAGAAUUAGUAAAAAUCUACGGCCUAUCCCCAUUUUUGAUCAUUGGUCAAUGGAGUCGAAAAAAAGUCGAUUUUAAUCGAGAAAUAAACGAAGCCACACUCAAUCAUUCGGAGGGUAUAGCUGGUCAUCGGAGUUAUCAUAAUUUUAUUUUGGAUGCAAUUGCUAAAGUAAAACAACAGUUUGGGCGCGGGUUAUUACUGGAUAUCCACGGGCAUUCUCAAGGUAAUUACACAAUGAUUGGAUAUCUUUUAACCGGUAGCGAGCUGAACAAUGAUCAGUUACAUUUCCCAACGUCCAUUGAAGAAAUUAUUCAAUCGUCGUGUGCUAACAAUCGAAAAGAAUGUUUAAAAGGUAAAAUCUCAUUUGGUACGAUAAUGGAAAAAAACGGUCUUGGGAUUGCCUAUCCGUCUCAAAAUAACCCAAAGCCUGGGAAAGAAGUAUUUUAUGGCGGCGGAUAUAUUACGCAAAACUAUAUAAAAUCAAUUAAUGCAAUUCAGACGGAGUUACCCUAUGAAAUACGCGCUGGGAAUCAACGAUACCAAUAUGCACAGAAAUAUGCAACCGCUAUUUACCAGUUUAUGACGGCAAACAAUUUGCUGAUCAAAACAUGA